UGUCAAUCACCCGUGCUUCAAUUGGCAUGCGUCAACGACGUAAUAUUGGAUAUCAACAAAGUGAAGACCUUUCUGACCCUUUUUUUUAUCUUUUUUUUCUUCCCCGAGUGACAAGACGUUAGCUCUUUUUUGUGCCAAACCCCACAGAAACCCCCGUCCACUUGGAAGAUGUCGAUCUGUUCCCCGCCUUUUGCCUCGGCAAAGGAGCAGAAUACGGCAAGGUCCGAAAAUGACUAACUUUCUUUAACCAGUUGUUUUUAUUCGCUACCACACCAUCCGUACAAGGCUACCUGGCUAUCCAUCGAUAUUCGUACGAAUAAUGGAGUGUGUUCAAAUGCGAGCCUUUUGGGUUGAAAAAGCCGUUGUAGCACCGAACUCAAAGAUAAUGUUGGGCACACCAUAUCAUACCGCACCUGUUCUUGUGUCACUCGAGCCAUGCUGGGCGGGCGCAUUAGAUGCUGUGCGAAAUUUCUAACGGCAAAACGGACGUGCAGGAUCCCGGUACAGGGGACAGGAUAGGAGAAGAAAGAAAUAACGAGAAGAAAAAGUAACAAACAAACCAAAUCGAAACCAAGUCUUGAACCAGGAACCACUGGCCGCGUACUGCCAAGAGAGCAUUUUUACGCAACUUGUGACCGUGGUACUGUCUAGACUUUUGUUCAGACGAUCAGAUACAGAAUGCAGUUGCACCCCGCUCCCUCAAUCACCCUAGGGGUACACUAGGGAUCGUAAGGGCACCAACCAACCGGCAUCAAACAAACCCCGAUGCACUGUGACUGGUUGUCCCGAGCAUGGGGUACUGUGGGCAACAUGAUGACAUUUUUGCAAGCGGUGCAACAGACGUGGAGCAACAGGGAACAAAAGAAAAGGUGGGAUCCCGCUCAUUGAGGGUGGAACACGCAGCCAGUUCCGCCCCGUUGGGGUAAUGGGACCCGGUCUGUCACGUCCCCUGCGGGGAGAUAAAAAAAAGAGAAAAAGGUGGCGAGUGUUAAUAUAUAUUCCUUUCUGCUUCAGCAAAGGCUGAGUUAGGGAACAAUUCAAGAAAGCGGGACCACCCACCCUUAUUUCUAUAUCCCAUUCAUUCCACUGCUUGCUGCUUACCUAUCUUAUUACCUUCAUUACUUAUAGGUUUUGAACACGAGCCUUUAUUUCACCAAGGUCCCUCUUCCAGCGUCUGGCCUGAUCUCCCCUUUGGCGCAUCUUCACCUUAUAUUCCCCAAAUUCUACGAGUUUGCUUUGUUGUCGUUGUACACCCUUCUAUGUUUCUCGGUAGCCCAUUUUGAGACACCAUAUACAUUGACAAGGUCUGGAUUGAUAGGAUACCUUUCCACAAGUCAGGGCAGACAAUCCUAUCAUUGCGGGGGAGAAAAAAAAAACACCACGAUUUACCGUCACUCCACAACCCGCGCUUCGAAAAGCCUCGAGCUGGUUUUUCAUCAUGGGACUUGUGGAAGUGGUGCUGGAGCAUGUCUCCGUCAAGGCUGCCGUGCUGUGGAUUGUCGGAUCAUGGGUUCUAUACUUGGUGGUGAAAAAUGUUCUUGAAGAACGCAAGAUCAACAAGCUUGGGGCUCGCGCAGCGCGGAUGCCAAGCAGGCUUCCUCUGAGUCUCGACAACAUCAUCAGGGCCGUCCGGGCAAACAUACAAAAUAGGAAUCUGCAAAUGUGGAGGAGCCACAUGUCCCACUCGAUUACAUACACUGUCGAGGGUCGCCUUCUAUUCCAGCGAAUUAUUCUGACGGCUGAUCCUGAGAACAUCAAGGCCAUAUUAGCGACUCAGUUCACAGACUAUGGCAAGGGAGAGCCCUUCCACCAGGAGUGGAAACCUUUUCUGGGCGACAGCAUCUUCGCCACUGACGGCGAAAAGUGGCACACAAGCCGCCAGAUGCUGCGUCCGCAGUUCGUCAAGGACCGCGUCAGCGACUUGGAGUGCUUCGAGAGUCACAUCAAGACCCUGUUCAAGGCCAUGGCCAAUGGCGGAGCCCUUGAGGGCGAGCACCAGCACGUUGAGUUGUCUGCCAUCAAUGGCAAGAGGUUUGAAAUCACUGAUCUGUUCUUCCGCUUUUCGCUGGACGUUGCUACAGACUUUUUGCUAGGCUACGAUGUCAAGUCACUAUCUACUCCACAUGCCGAGUUUGCCGAAGCCUUCAACGAGGUCCAGCACGUGCAAAGCACCAUCACACGCUCCGGGCCCGCGCAGGCGUUGGUUCCCAAAGGAUCAUACUACAGAGGCCUCAAGGUCAUGGACAAUUUCAUCAACCCCUUUAUCGACCGUGCCCUCCGUCUCUCUCCGGACGAGCUGGCUUCCAAGACCAAGUCGGACCACGGCUACACGUUCCUUCACGAGCUGGCCUCGUUCACGCGGGACCGCAAGGUGCUGCGCGACCAGAUCGUCGCUGUCCUCCUGGCCGGACGUGACACCACUGCGGCCACGCUAUCCUGGACCAUUUACGAGCUCGGACGUCACCCGGAGUGCGUCAAACGCCUCCGUCAGGAGAUCGCGGAAGUGGUGGGCUUCGGCCGGACCCCAACCUACGCCGAUCUCAAGUCGAUGAAGUACCUCCAGAACGUGAUGCACGAGACGCUCCGCCUGUACCCGGCGGUACCUUUCAACGUCCGACUGGCGCUGCACGACACGACGCUGCCCCGCGGUGGCGGGCCCGACGGCACCCUCCCGGUCCCCGUCCUCAAGGACACGCCGAUCGGCUACUCGACGCUCCUGAUGCAGCGCCGCAGGGACCUGUACCCGCCCGUGUCGGAAAACUUUGCCGACCCCGACGUAUUCAGCCCCGAGCGCUGGUUCCACUGGCAGCCCCGGCCGUGGCAGUACGUGCCCUUCAACGGCGGCCCCCGCAUCUGCAUCGGUCAGCAGUUCGCCUUGACCGAGAUGGGCUACGUGCUCGUGCGCAUGUUUCAGCAGUACGAACGCGUCGUCAGCUACAUGGACGAGAUCGACGGCGGCAACCCGACCAUCAAGGCCGACAUUGUCAUGCAGCCGGGCGAUGGUGUUAUUGUUGCGUUUUGGGAGGGUGAUAAUGAAAAGAUCUGAGUGGUAUAACUCGAGAAGUGUUACAUUGGGAGGGGGCUUUGCUUGUUUUUUUUUUUCCUGUUUCUUUUUUUUUUUUUUUUUCUUGUAGGAUUCCAACAGCGCGGCGAGGUCAAGAUUUGAAUUUUUUCUAGUCUAUCCAUGAAAGAAAAGACGCUCAAAGGUUAAUUUUAUGGAGUUAUGAAACAGAUAAACAGGUUCGUCC